GUUUUUGUUGAAGGCCUUAUCUGAUAUCAUUUGUAGAGUGUUUAUUUGUUCAUUGUGGUGUCUGAGAUUAUAUUUGUUUAAAUGGAUUGGAACUAAGAGUCGAGGGAAGGCCAAAGCGGGAUAUAUCCAAAUUGGUAGAGGAUCUGUCCAAGGUAUCACAUCCUCCAUGAAUCACCAUAGUUUUUAUAACGUCAGCACCCAAGUAAAGACCAGUAAACUUCCGCCAAGUAUAUUCUGACAAGGAUACCUAAGAAUACAGAAGUUAUGAGACCUUCUUGAGACCAAAAGAGACAAGGAGAAGAUGCACAAAUGCUUGAAAUGGCACUGUACUUUGUUGGCACUUCACCAAAGUGUUCCUGGAAGAAUGUCCCCAUUCUUGGCAAACAGAACAAUAUCAAGAACAGAGAAGUCACACAAAGACGAAAAUAACCUUCCAAAUGGAUCCCGAACAGAGAAGAGCAACAGUCGGCCCCAUAGUGGAAGAAACCAGCCAGGACAGACAAACAAAGAGGAAACACGGAGCUCAAUGCCUUCUACCACACCGCCUCUGCCAACCUCUUGCUGCAUGUCGGGUUGUGCUAACUGCGUGUGGAUAGACUACGCAGAAGAACUGUCGAGGUUUUACAGCGAUGGAGGGGCAGAGGCCAUUGCUGCUAUAGAGAAGGAGGUUUCUGAUCCGAGUUUGAAGGCUUAUAUACUUAUGGAAAUUAGACUAAAGGGAUUAAGUAAAUAGAGAGUAAGUUUUUAAAAUAUUUUGUACAUAAUAUUUGCAUACAAAAUUUUAGUCCAGGGCAGUCCAAUAUUAAAUAUUUUGUUAUUUAAAUUAAUUUGUAUAUGUGUGAAUAUGAUUGUAUUAUUACAGUGUCCUGUAUUAUAUACAGGACAUUGGAAGAUUUUACUCAGCUUUCAAGAUAUAUAAUAUACUCAUUAUAUUUUUGUGAGUAUGAUUAAUAAAAAAAAAAUUAAAAGGG